AUUAGCCGCCAUGUUGGCUCACUGGUGUCAGCACCGAAUCAGCAGUCUGAGCCAGAAUGGCGACAUGUUCUUCCCGUGACAGUCCGGUGCCUGGCAGGUGAUUAGCACAGCUAAGCUUCUCGCUUCAUCCAAGACGCGAGUAACAACCUGGAUAAUUGUCUUGCGAGAAGUGCUGUCAAGAUGGAUACCUCAAAACUUCCUAAGAUCCAGGAUGCGGAGCGAGAAAGCCAGUUUGGAUAUGUCCAUGGAGUUUCUGGACCAGUGGUGACAGCUACAGCAAUGGCUGGAGCUGCCAUGUAUGAGCUGGUCCGCGUAGGCCACAGCGAGCUGGUGGGAGAGAUCAUCCGUUUGGAAGGAGACAUGGCCACUAUCCAGGUUUAUGAGGAGACUUCUGGCGUGUCUGUGGGUGACCCAGUUCUUCGCACAGGUAAACCUCUCUCUGUAGAGUUGGGACCAGGAGUCAUGGGCUCAAUCUUUGACGGCAUCCAGCGCCCACUGAAAGACAUUAAUGACAUCACGCAAAGCAUCUACAUCCCGAGAGGAGUGAACAUCGGUGCCCUGAACAGAGACAUCAAAUGGGAGUUUAAUCCGAGCCAGAGUCUGCGGGUUGGCAGUCACGUUACGGGUGGCGACAUCUACGGCAUGGUGUUUGAAAACUCCCUCAUAAAGCACAAGCUGAUGCUUCCGCCUCGCAGCAGAGGCACCGUCACCUACGUAGCUCCACCCGGAAACUAUGACGUCUCUGAUGUGGUUCUAGAGCUGGACUUUGAAGGCAUCAAGGAGAAGUUUACCAUGGUGCAGGUGUGGCCAGUGCGACAAGUCCGCCCAGUGACAGAGAAACUGCCUGCCAAUCAUCCGCUGCUCACUGGUCAGAGAGUUCUGGACGCUCUUUUCCCCUGCGUGCAAGGUGGCACCACAGCUAUCCCUGGCGCCUUUGGCUGUGGAAAGACUGUUAUCUCCCAGUCAUUGUCCAAGUACUCUAACAGUGAUGUCAUCAUCUAUGUUGGAUGCGGAGAGCGUGGGAAUGAAAUGUCGGAGGUGCUGCGAGAUUUCCCAGAGCUCACUAUGGAAGUUGAUGGCAAGGUAGAGAGCAUCAUGAAGAGAACGGCACUCGUUGCUAACACAUCCAACAUGCCUGUGGCUGCUAGAGAAGCUUCUAUCUAUACAGGGAUCACACUGUCCGAAUACUUCCGAGAUAUGGGUUACAACGUGAGCAUGAUGGCCGACUCCACGUCGCGAUGGGCUGAAGCUCUGAGAGAAAUCUCUGGGAGAUUGGCUGAAAUGCCUGCUGACAGCGGGUACCCGGCCUACUUGGGCGCCAGGCUGGCCUCUUUCUACGAGCGAGCCGGACGUGUGAAGUGCCUGGGGAAUCCUGAGAGAGAAGGCAGCGUCAGCAUCGUUGGAGCUGUGUCGCCCCCUGGUGGAGACUUCUCAGACCCUGUCACUUCAGCCACACUGGGCAUUGUUCAGGUGUUCUGGGGGUUGGACAAGAAGUUGGCUCAGAGAAAACAUUUCCCAUCUGUAAACUGGCUGAUAAGCUAUAGCAAGUACACCCGAGCCCUGGAUGAAUACUACGACAAACACUUCCCCGAGUUUGUGCCUCUUCGUACAAAAGCCAAGGAGAUUCUCCAGGAAGAGGAGGACCUGGCUGAGAUAGUACAGCUUGUAGGAAAGGCUUCUCUGGCGGAGAGCGACAAGAUCACGCUGGAAGUCGCAAAGCUCAUUAAAGAUGACUUCCUGCAACAGAAUGGUUACACCCCUUACGACAGAUUCUGUCCCUUCUACAAAACUGUUGGCAUCCUCUCCAACAUGAUCGCCUUUUACGACAUGGCGCGACACGCCGUGGAGUCCACUGCUCAGAGCGACAACAAAAUAACCUGGGCCAUGAUCAGGGAGCACAUGGGGGAGAUCUUGUAUAAGAUCAGCUCCAUGAAGUUUAAGGACCCUGUCAAGGAUGGUGAAGCUAAGAUAAAAGCCGAGUACGCCCAGCUGCUGGAGGACAUGCAGAAUGCUUUCCGGACCCUGGAGGAAUGAGUUUUUCCUCACCUCUUAAGCCCCUUCUUCCAGUGUGGUGGUGCAGUACUGUAUAGUGCAGAUUAAAUGGUCCUAUUUCUGAAUGUGAACUCCUUUUGUGUUUACUCCCCCAUGUAGACAUUCCACAUUUUACAUUGUUGAUUUAGUGUCUGCUGUAAUCCACUCAAUAUGGACCAGUCAGCACUUAUUUAUUCCUCCAUCAUCAUGUUGCAAUUAAAAUACGUCAGGUGCUGCAAAGACAGGGAGGUCUAAUGGGAACAUGCACAAGAAUAAAGGGACAAGGGGAGGACAAGGGGGGCCAUCUUCCAUUCCCUCUUACCUCCAGAGUGUGACGAUAAUGACUACGUGGACUAUAUACUUGAUAUUAUGUGUAAAAAUGAUGUGAAUGAAUGAGUCUGUUAGAGUUGUGCUGUGACAAAACAAAUGUGUCUAUGUAAAGUUAAUGUGUCUCAUGAAAUAAAACAGUUAAUAAUGCA